GUACUCUACACAGUAGUGGGCCUUUGCCAACUCUUGUGUGACUGGAGAUUCAAAUGGUCCACAUUUCGUAAACAACCGCUGGAAUGGCACAAAAAGUCACACGGUCACAGCUACUCUCCAUCUUUAAAAAGCUGCAUAGAGUACGUCAAAGAGCUUUCAAGAAUGACAACCAUGGACUAAGUGUAUGCAGAGAGCGGAUAAAUGAAGGCUUCAGAAAGAACAAGAAUGUGUCGGAUGAAGCAGAAAUAUACAAACUGUUUAAGACUGCAGAGGAAGUGGAGACGGUGAUGAAAACACAGCUAGUCCAGCUUGAACAAGUGGAAGAAAAGACAUUCAGGAUGCAUAUUCGAGAUGAAACUUAUAUGAGGCCCAAUAUUCCCUUUAACCCAGAUGCAGAGAUUCCAAGAAUACCUAGAAAGUCAAAAAGAAAAUGCAAUGAAAAUACAGAGCCCAAGGCGUCAUGAUAUAUAGGCAUUUGUGAGAAGCACUGAAUGUCUGAAAUCUCAAUGUCAAAGACUUUCUGAAAAUAGGCUUGACAGGUGAAAGAAAGAGAGAGAAAAUGGAGACUGUGGCAUAUUCCCCAUUGAUAAAACUUUAAAGGACUACAUUUUAGCCUUUUCAAUCAAGUAUCAGUGUUAUAUCUGUGAAUAAAUAUGAAUGCUGUG